AUGGCUGCAACACACCGUGCACCGAAGCAGUGGUGCCUCUCCAAAGUGGAAUCUAUCAAUUCCUUUGAAAACUGGAAGCAAAACCUCAUUUACACUCUUUCUUUGGACAGCAACUUCGCCCCCUUCCUCGCAGAUGGAUUCACAUGGUUAAAAAAGACCAGGGGUCAGCCGCUUCGAGGUCUCCACAACGAUGGCGAAUCAGUGCCAUUAGCUCGUCGCCUGACAGCCCGCCAAAAGGUUAACUUCCUCGAGCUGAUGUUAGGACAGAUCGCCAACUAUUGUCCAAUUAUCUCUCGAAAUACUCUGGUGAAAAACUCUACAUCCCUCGAGUUCAUCUGGCAAACCAUCAGACAGCACUUUGGUUUCCAAGUCACCGGGGCUCAGUUCAUUGACUUUUCCGAAAUACACCUAGCUGCUGAUGAGCGCCCCGAAGAUCUGUACCAGCGCCUCACAGCAUUCGUAGAAGAUUCAUUGCUACGUGCCAACGGCUUAACCCACAAUGGCCAAGCAGUGCAGGAGGAUGAGGAAUUAACCCCUACACUCGAAAACUUUUUGGUCCUCACUUGGUUACGCCUCAUUCACCCCAGUCUCCCACGACUGGUUAAGCAGCGUUAUGGUACAGAGUUGAGAUCCCGUACUCUUGCCUCGAUCAAACCUGAGAUCUCGCAGGCCCUCAAUUCCUUACUCGAGGAAAUCCACACGUCGGAUGAUGCCAGAAUCCUACGUGCUGCUGUUGCAGACGAUUUUCGUCGCCCUCGUCAGAGUAACAGGGGGUGUUCCUAGAGCCCGUCCCAGACAACCCCGCCAAGACAAGGUCUGUCCUCUAUGUAAACAGGCUGGCCGUUCUAUGACAAACCACUUCCUCAGUCAGUGUACCUUCCUCCCCGACAGUGACAGGCGUUUCAUGGUGAAAGCACGACAGAUCGCCGGCAUCCUUGACAAUGACCAAGAAUUUGAGACCAGUCCUGAUUCUGAUUCACCAGACCCUGACACAACAUUGCCAGGCCCGGACAUGGUGGCCUACCGUGUGCAGACCCGCCAGUCCCCUUACAUGGACGUCUUUCAUGAUCAUCGAGUCGUCGCGCGUCCCCCGACAGCGGUGCAACUGGAAAUAUGA